AGCAGAAAAGCAAACCUUGCGAUCAAACCCUACCGUUAUGGGGAGGAGUAGAGAGGGAGGGCGGUCGUUGCAGAGAGAUUGCAGAGAGGGAGGGCGGUCGUUGCAGACGGAGAGAGAUUGCAGAGACGGAGGGCGGUCGUUGCAGACGGAGAGAGAUUGCAGAGAGGGAAAGCGAGAGAUUGCAGAGAGGGAGAGCCUUUCAUAUGAUACCAAUGAGACCGUCUUAAAGGGCGCGUUUGAACGGUACGGUGAAAUCCAUGAAGCAGUUAAAGUUAUAUGUGAUCAUACAAGUGCGAAAUCUAAAGGGUUUGGGUUCGUGUGGUUCUGUUUGGAGAGCGAAGCGAGCAGAGCACUGCAAGAAAUGGACGAUCAGUUACUCGAUGGUAGAAACAUCCGUGUAGUCUAUGCCAAAAAAGGAUGAUAUGAACAUGCCCCGAAUCGAAGAUGGCUAUUGCACGUAAGUUUCUCGUUACUCUUUGUUCCUGGUUUAUGUAAGUAUAUGUGUAGAAAAUGCUUGCAAUUAACAUAAGACUGCGUG